AUGAUGCAGUACGCAUUCAAGGCACCGUCAACCCCAGUGUCUGCAACUCAUGGGAAAGUCACAGUAAACUCACAGGCACACGAAAUCAUGGUGGCCGAUCUUUUGUCGCACUUCAUAGACAUUCUGUAUGCAGAAGGGCUUGCUGUUGUGUCUGCAUGCGUAUGCAUAUGCAGUGCUGGCCUUGUGUGCAACUACACAGCAAUCGAUUCGUCAGAAUGUGAGCCACUAUGCGAGAUCAAGGCGAUUACCCUGUGCGGAUUGAAGGUGUAUGAGCAAGAUGGCAUUUUCCACAUGUACUGCAUAUUUGAUGUGUAG